AUGAAAAUGAUCAUUAUUAUUCUUGCCCUUGUGGCCCUUGUUGCCGCUGCUCCCGUAGAUGAGAAGGAACCACCAAAAAUCUUGCGCGCUGAAUUCGACCAGCAACCUCAAGGAUCCUACGUGUAUAGUUUCGAAACCGAAAACGGAAUAUCCCGCAGUGAAACUGGUGAAUUGAAGGAAGUUCUCGAUGAGGAGAAUAAGCCUCACUCCGUUAUUAUUGUUCGCGGGUCAUAUUCCUAUAUUAACAGUGAAGGCAAGCAGGAUACCAUCACGUACGUGGCUGACGAGACCGGCUUCCAUCCCGAAGGCGAGUCUAUCCCCAAACCAGCAUCUAGGAGA